AUGUCAAGCACUAUUGAGGAUAACGAAUUACCAAAGGCUAAUGUCACAAGAGUCUUGAAGAGUGCUCUUCCUCCUGGCACUGCUCUACAAAAAGAUGCUCGACUAGCAGUGAGUAAAGCAGCUACCGUAUUUAUCAAUUACGUCUCUUCAGUAGCAAAUGAUGUUGCCAAAGGUGCAAAUCACAAAACGAUCAGUGCUGCUGAUGUCUUCAAGGCGUUGGAUAUUUGCGAAUUAGAGCACAUGGUACCAGAGUUGCAAGAAUCGCUGGCUGCAUACCAGCAAAUUGUACUUGACAAGAAACAACAAAAGAAAAGGGAAAAGGAUGAAUCAAAAGCUAAAGAAGACGAUGAUGAUACAGCAAUGGAAGAGCCAUCAAGAGGUCAAAAGCGUUCUCUUGAAGACGAUGAUGAAGAUGACAGUAUGUCUGUCGAUCUCAAAAAGGUCAAGAAUGACGAGGAGGAGGAGGAGGAGGAGGAGGAGGAGGUAGAGGAAGAAGAGGAAGAUCAAGAGGAAACUCAAGAAGAGACCAUAGACGAUGAACAACCUUAG